CUCGCUGUGAGUCCCGUGGCAGGCGGACAGUGCUCCCUUCUCUGGGGCGGGGGGGCGCGUGCGUGCGUGCGUGCGCGCGCGGGAGCCGGGCCCCAUUCAAGACACUACGGCCCCGCAAACCUGACGGCGGGCGGCCGGGCGGGCGGGGGUAAUCAAUAAGGUCACAGGGUGAAGUACGUUGGGAAGAUGAGCAAAUCCAUAACUCCUUCAACAUACGUGCGCUGCAUUGGCUAUAAACUCAUGAUGCAACUGGCUGAUUUCAUUGAUCCACAAGAAGGAUGGAAGAAGCUAGCAGUAGAUAUAAAAGACCCUUCUGGUGAAAAGAGAUACAACCAAAUGCAUAUAAGGAGAUUUGAAGGGCUAAUAAAGAUGGGAAAGAGCCCCACCUGCGAAUUACUCUAUGACUGGGGAACAUCGAACUGUACGGUUGGUGAUCUUGUGGAGCUAUUGACCAGGAAUCACUUCCUAGCACCAGCUAGCCUUUUGCUUCCAGAUGCUGUUAGGGGGGCAGAUGAUGUUAUGGUACCUCUUUCUUCACAAGAAACUAUGCCUAUACAUGAAAAACAAGUGCCUGUACAGGAAAAAACAGUAAUAUCUGCAACACCUCCUUUAGCUCAGAGUGAGGGACAACCUUCAGCUCCUUCCUGCUUACCUCAAGAGAACAACAGUCUGCAACUUAGUGACACAGGUUUCCACAGCUUUUGGUUCCAUGAGUUGAAAAAUGUUACAAACAACUUUGAUGAAAGACCUAUAUCGGCUGGAGGUAAUAAACUGGGAGAAGGAGGCUUUGGAGUUGUGUACAAGGGCUACAUCAAUGGCAGAAUUGUGGCAGUGAAAAAACUUGCUGCUAUGGUUGAUGUAAGCAUUCAAGAUCUGAAACAGCAGUUUGAUCAAGAAAUAAAAAUAAUGGCAAAGUGUCAACAUGAGAACCUAGUAGAACUGCUUGGUUUCUCAGGUGAUGGUGAUCAGCCCUGUCUGGUUUACGAAUACAUGCCCAAUGGUUCAUUGCUUGACAGACUGGCUUGUCUGGAUGACACUGCACCAAUUCCUUGGAGUACAAGGUGUAACAUUGCUCAAGGUACAGCAAAUGGCAUCAGCUUUUUACAUGAAAACAAUCAUAUUCACAGAGAUGUUAAAAGUGCAAAUAUCUUACUAAAUGAAUCAUUUGUGCCAAAAAUUUCUGAUUUUGGACUUGCAAGGGCAUCUGUGAAAUUCACACAAACCAUCAUGACUGAUAGAAUUGUGGGAACAGCAGCCUAUAUGGCACCCGAAGCCCUGCGUGGAGAGAUAACACCCAAAUCUGAUAUUUUCAGUUUUGGUGUGGUUUUACUGGAAAUAAUAACGGGGCUUUCGCCAAUAGAUGAAAACCGGGAGCCACAGUUACUGUUAAGUAUCAAAGAAGAAAUUGAAGAUGAGGAAAAGACAAUUGAAGAUUAUGUCGAUGAAAAAAUGAGUGAUUGGGACACCAUUUCCAUUGACAAAAUGUAUUCAGUUGCUAGUCAGUGUCUGAAUGAAAAAAAGAACAGGAGGCCAGACAUUAAGAUGGUCCAGCAGCAUCUACAAGAGAUAAUAGCCUGAUAUCUGUUUCUUAUCAGUUUGAUGCUAUUCCUGCAUUCCAGGCUUUUGUGGCCUAUAUGUGCAAUCUGUUGUUGGCUUUUCACCACUGUGCCUUCUUUCCUUGAAAGACCAGGCAAAGAACUUUCUCAAAGACUUUAUGCUUUAGUCAUUUAAGGGAGUUGAUGUCUCAUUAAAACAAUGGAUAUCUUAAAUCACUUCCAUAAGACUUUCCUCAGUAGUGUGAGAGAGCAAGAACGCUGAGGUUCUUUUUAUGGCAACACAUUGUGCUUCUGCCAUACCAUCUCCACUUUGUUUUCUAAAUAUAUUUCCUGACUAGAAUAUAGGCUUCUACAGCUCCCUGGGUAACACAUACCUGUUACAAGGAGACUCUGAUAAACAAAUCCAUGACUGGUAAAUUGCUUCUAAGCAGAAAGACUAGCCCUUUUUGGUUUCUACUCUAAGCAAAAACAUUUCAAACUGAAGAGGUCAGUCUAUAUUGCUCUCAGCUGGAGUUCAGGUAACCUGCAUUAAUCUGUUGUUCCAUGUGGUCAUAGAGUCAGAGUUCAAGGCUAGAAGGGACCAGCAGAUCAUCUAAUCUGACCUGCUCUAUAUCAUAGGCCAGCACCCGCAUUGAGCUACUUUGCUCAAUGUUUUAACUUGCAUUGGGAAUCCAAAUUAAUGUGAAGUCUCUUUGACAAUAGCUAUAAAUAUAAGCUGCCAUCUGUGAGUUUGCAGAUCUGUGUUUUU